AUGGCAAGCAGAGAGCUGUCAUUGCGCCUGCACAGGGCGGUGCGUGUGCUCGGAGGGCGUUCGAGGCCCCAAUGCGAGCGUGUGGCCCAAUGGACUCAGCAGAGCGUGCAGCCCAGGAUAUCACGACCCAUAUCGACCACGGCCGCACGACAGGCAGAGGUCACCGAGACGGGAAUCCAGGAGAAGUUCCAGGCAGCACCGCCAAUUGAUUUCGAAGAAGAGAAUGGAUCGAAAAAGGAGAAACCCAAGGGGCCUGACCUCCGAAAACUGCGCAUUGUGCCAGCAUCGCCGUCGUACUUCAGCGCAAAGCCUACCUUUACCGACGACUAUCUCUCGCUCUCUGCGCUCCUUCGCAAAUUCGCUACCCUCCCCGUCAUCACCCCCGCAGAGGCGCCAAAGGUGGCAUGGAAGACAGUCGAUCAAUAUCGCAUCAUGACGAACGAGCCCGUCAAGACACAACGCUUUCACAAGAUGCUGCACAUACUGCGGCGACUGAACUGCAUUCAUCCCUCGCUCAUGCCAGAUGAGGUACUUGAGGCCAUGUCGCGAUACAAGAAGCCCGUCCAGCCCGGCGACAUCGUGCCGAAGCCUGGGGUGAUCGACGAGCUGGGCCGUGCCAAGGGCGUUGGGCGCCGAAAGACAUCAUCCGCUGUGGCCUGGUUAGUCGAGGGUGAGGGCGAGGUGCUGGUCAAUGGCAAGUCCCUCUCACAAUUCUUCGGACGGCUACACCACCGAGAGAGUGCUGUCUGGGCACUCAAGGCGACACAGCGACUGGACAAGUACAAUGUCUUCGCCUUGGUACAGGGUGGUGGUCUGACGGGUCAAGCUGAGGCUUUGACCUUGGCCGUAGGCAAGGCAUUGCUGGUCCACGAGCCAGCAUUGAAGCCUGCGGUCCGACGUGCUUUCUUCCUCUAUCUUGUCCUUCCGGCACGCUGGAUGCGUGACUCGAGACCCAAGAAAGGUGGAGAGGAAGAAGGCUGGCCACGUAAAGGCGCGCAAGAUGCCUACCUGGGUCAAGCGUUGAGGUCGCACGGUUGUGUAUGUUAUCCUUGUGUAUUGUUGUGCAUGGUAGCGACACUGCGCCAGUGGCACGAAAUGAUGACAAUGCAACGCAAUGCGGUUGCUCUGUUUCUGCGCGUGAGAGGAACGUAA